CUAAUAUAAAAUGUGACCUUUGUGGGAUAAAAGUGAGUGUAAAUAACUAUUUUAGUCGUUUACCUCCAUUCACGUCUGCUCUUCGAGGAGCGCCCCCUGCUGUGCUCCAGACUGAACUGCAGGCAUUUUGAGUACAGUGGGACCCGCAGGAAGUGGAAUGGCAUCCUGCAGAUCGGCUCUGAUAACAGCUUGUAGCGGACCUGCCGGGCAUUAAUUCCCUUUAACUGUGACCCUGAUUUCUCUGAAGUUGUGUUUCCAGCAGGGUCAACACUGGAACUGGGAGGCAGGUGAAGCAGGAGCAGCAGCCCACCCGGCCAGUUCAGCCCACCCUCCACAAUGUCCUCACGACUCCAUCCACACUGACGGCUUUCGCCCGGCGUGCGGAGGGACGGGGCGGCUGGAGAAAGCGCCGGCUAGCAUGCGGCAGCAGUGGCCCCGUGUUUCCAGGAGGCGGCGCUGCUGAGAAGCGAUCGGUCGGGGCUGAGAGCGCGUCUGCCGGGGCACCAUGGACGACUUCACCACAAGGACGUACGGCACCAGCGGCCUGGACAACAGACCUCUGUUUGGAGAAACCUCAGCUCGGGAUCGAAUCAUCAACACGGCGGUGGGGGGAUUUACGUCUGUGGUUGUUCUAGUGACUGUUAUCUGUUCCUUUAUGUUUCCCACGUUGCCUCCUCGGCCGCUAAAUAUCUUCUUCGCCGUGUGCAUCCUGUUAACCUGCGGAUCCACGUUAGUGCUGAUAUUCUGGUACCGGCAGGGCGACCUGGAGCCCAAAUUCAGGAAUCUGAUCUACUUCAUGCUGGCGUCCAUCGUGCUGCUGUGUAUAUGUGCCAACCUCUACUUCCACGAUGUCAGGUAAAGGCGGGGCCAAGGAAGACGAGGAGGAACAAGGGAAGACGGCCUUGACGAGCAGGAUCGACCAACGGGAAGGAAUCACAUGACCAAAAAUAAAUAAAUACAUUUACACACUAACUUGAACCUGCAGAGGACUGUGGGACCAAAACCAGUGGGACUUACUGGUUCCAGUCAGACGCAUGCAAAGACACUGGGAGUGAUGAUGUACUGUAAGAGGCCAAAAAUCUGCCUGGAGACAAACUGCUGGAGGACGAACUUUAUGAUAAACGAGUGUAUUUACAUGCACAUACGAUGCCUCAGUUAAAGGAAAAAUCCACCUCAGAUUCUCGUCGUUAUGAAUCUGUUGUUUUGUUUAGUUCUUUAAAGAUGUGAAUAUAGUUAGAAAGUUAUUUUUCCAGUUUUGAUCAUUAGACUCCAAUAAAGCACCUUCAGAGGUCCGUUAACAUAACAGGAGGAGGUGGGGAACACAGACUUUUCACUUUCACUAUCUUGUAGUUUUUUUAACACUGUGCUCUCAUUGGCUAAUAGCACUAAAUGGGGCCAUAAUUUACAAAAUAAACAUGUUGUAUUAAGUAAGACCUGAAACUAGCAACUGAGGCCAUAAAUCAUCAGGAAAGUUAAUGCAGGUCAUAAAUCAAGGGAAACAGGAAGUAGGGCUGUUUCCCCCUCAACUUCUCUAUAAUCUGAUAUCUGUUUGGAAAUACAGGCUCCGCCCCCUGCUGGCUGUUAGAAAUCAAGCAGGUUAAGACACUUCUGCAGUGAUCCUGGUUCAGAAGCAACUUCCAGCUUUAACCCCAUCACUGCAGACUGUAUAUAAAAUAUCCAGUAUGCUCUGGGGAAUGUCAGGCUUUGGUGUGCGAUAAGCAUCCACAGGAGGGCGACAGAGUUACAGGGGAGCUACAGGUGUUCAGUGAGCCACCAAGUGGCAACCUACAAGAAAACCUGCAGCUCAUCUAGUGGCCACUAGAGGGUGGCUCCCGCUCUGAGUCAGUCCCCAUAGACUCCCAUGUUUACAGCUGCUUUGACUGGCAGGUGUGUAGACACAGGAAGCUGUAGCCAGUAGAUGCUGCUGGUCCCUCAACUGGACCUGGCUCCAAAAAACCAACAUAGCGGUGGCUGCCGACGUGUGAACUCUGAGUCCUCGUGAACCAGUCGGUGACAUCACAGUGGCUAUGUUCAUCUUUUAUAUACAGUCUAUGGUUCUAACAAGGGCAUAAACGUGUAUUUUAGCCAUAAAUCUGCUUCCAGAUGACAAACAUGGACUCUUCAGAAGUUGCCUAAUAAUCGUCACAUCUGGAGUUCUCUGAUUCAGUGAUCACUGUGUGUGCGUCAGUGAGCUAAUUCAGCCUUCCAAAAUAUAAGCAAAUUUAGGCUCAGAAGAGCGAUUUAAAAGCGGCACAUGUAACGAGUCUUAAGGGGUCAUUACAAACCUGGUGGCUCACCUGGCUGAAGUUAACCCCCCAGCCAGGCCAGUACCUGGGCUUUUCUUUUUUUAAUCCAACCACAAAGUGAAUUAUGUAUAUUAACCAUUACGCUCCUUAGCCCAGACAAUAAUCUGCUGCUUUUACCUGCUCAGGUGAUUACCAGGUGGACUUUUCCUUUAAACUGAAUGAAGGUUUUGAGUGUGUAAACACAUGGAGGGAAGCAGCACUUCAGUACUGUAGACGUUAGCACACGGCUGUAGCAGUAUAUCACAAAUAUGCAAAUCUGUGUUUUCCUUCUGUCUGCUUCUUCUGAUGAUCACCGAUGUAUUUAAUUACUGUCCAAAUCUAGCUGAGAGGAUUUUAAGUUGGAUUUAAAUGACUGCCAAUUCUUGCACUAAGCAUUGCUGAAUCACACACACACACACACACACACUCAGGCCAGCUGUAGCACCAAUGGAAAUGAAUGAAAGCUCUGUAAAUGGCUUUACCCAUAAAUCUGUGUGCACUGUUAUUAAUUUGGCUGUUUAUAAAUGUUGAUUUGUCCGUCUGAGCGCCGCACAG